UAAACGAACUCGAUGAACCACCUACACACGAAUACAAGAAUUUCAAAAUGCUAUUAAACUGCUCAAAAGAGCCCUGUAAACGAUGGAAUUCCUGCAGAACUCCAAAAAGUGCAGUGCACUCAACCUAUCAUUUACAAGUUGAUAGUAAAGUAUCGGAAGAAAGUAUACGUGCCACAGGAUAUGCGCGGUGCUAAUAUUGUUACCCUGUAUAAAGGAAAAGGCGAUCACGGUGUCUGUAACAAUUACCGCGGUAUAUCCUUGUUAAGCAUCGUUGGUAAACUAUUUGCUCGUAUAAUAUUAGUAAAGAUGUGCCCAAAUAUCCACUAUUGAUAUAAUCUUCACAAUCAGUUUCGUUGAUCUCAAUAAAGCCUUCGACACCUUGAGCAGAGAAGGCCUGUAUGCUGUAGAGAAAGUAGGACGCCUGCCUAAGAUUCUGUACUUGAUCAAAAAUUUACACCAAGACAUGAAAGAUGAUGCAGCUCUUGUCGCUACCUCACAAGAAGAGCUCCAGAACAUCAUGGACAAGUUUGCUAAGGCAUGUGUACUGCUUUCAAUGUCUAUCAACGCAAAGAAGUUCGUUGUAAUGAAGCAAGGAUGCACAAUCACACCAAUUAUCCUGUUGAGUGGUACACCUUUGGAAAACUUUGGAAGUUUCUGCUACCUUGAAUCGACCGUGACUGGAAAUCUUUCGCUUGAUGCAGAGAUUGUGAGCCGUAAUGGAAAGGCAGCCACCAUGUUUGAUACGCUCCAUGCAAGGAUAUGGGACAAUAGACACCUAACAACCAAGUCCAAGAUGAUAGUUUAUCAGACUUGCAUAUUAAGCAUACUCUUGUAUGGAGUUGAAACCUAGAUAUCGUAUGUCAAACAGGAGCGAAAAUUUAAUCGUUUCACAUGCGCUGUCUUCGGCGCAUCUUAGGCAUAACAUGGAGGGACAAGAUCACCAAUGAGGCGGUACUGACGUCUGCACAGCUGCCUAGAAUAGCUGCACUUUUGAAAAAGAGACGGCUGCGUUGGCUAGGGUACUAUGAUCACCUUUGAUAUUAACUGGAAGAGCGGGGAAAGAUUAGCUGAAGAUCGCACCGUCUGGCGAAAAGCUAUCUUUGAUGGCGUAACCGAACACGAUAAUUCCUGAUUUAAAGACCUAUCCGAGAAACACGCAAAAUGACACGAAAGCGUUAGCAACCCCUUAUCAUCCUGGGCAAACUCUGAUAGUAACAUCUGUACGUCAUGUGGCCGGAUUUGCCCUUCACGUGUUGAAUCUUUACAGCCAUCAAAGAAAAUGUAUCAAAACCUCCAA